UGAAGAAGGGGCAACACCACCACAUGGUGAUCACCCAGAUGUGCACAGCAACGAAAGGACAAAUGCUCAUUCGAAAAUUAAAAAAAUCUCAAGUGAGGAAAAUAAAAGUAUAAACGAGUUGGUCACGAUUCGCAAGUUGGUGGAGGAAAUGCAAAAUGUGCAGCUCGUUAUUAAAGAAUUAGCCGGUACAUCGGUCGGUGGAGGUCACAGAGGGGGGGCGAGCAACCAUGGGGAUCCAAACGCCACUGAAGAGGCACACUCCGAAGGGAAAAACACCACUCCCCUUUGUGCUCCCUCCCCCCACGGGGAGCCAAACAAAGAGAGCGCAACGCAUGAUGGGAAUGCCUCAGUUCAUUGCUUAUCCCGGGGCGACGCGGAGAAGUACGAAGAAAAAAUUGCCAACCUUGUGCAGGAACUGAUGAACACUAAACUGCUCUUGGCGCAGAGUGAAACAAAGCGGGAGGAGGAGAUUAACGAGAUGAAGCGGCGGUGCGGCAGUUAACUACGCGUACUUUCGCAGGUGCAGAAGUGACUUAUCAGUGGGUGAAGCAGCACAGGUGUAAGCGGAGGCGUGUUCAGGCGAUGCCCCUCCGAGCUGCGCGCACAACAGGGAAAGAAAAUGUGCCCACCUACCCCCUUAAGCACUUCCCCAUCUGUGCAACACACAAACGAGUUCGCGCUAUGUGGAAAGGCACGCCUGUCGUAGCUCCAGCGUGUGGAACAUCACUUUGCGAAAUUGGGAAGCGACAAAUGGGUAAAGACGAAGAAGCGGGAAAAGGGGAAAAAAAAAAAAAAAUUCACAUGAGCAUAACUCCCAGUGCAUAUGUAUCCUCUGCGUCACAUAAAAGGGUUAAAAAGGAUAUGUACAUAAGUAUAAUUUGAACGGCGCGGAGGGGUAUGCAUCGCGGCAGUUUGCUGCUCUCCUGGAGGUGUUCCUCCGGCCAAGUGGUCAACGAAGUAGGGAAUGGGGAAGCACUUUUCCUCAGUGCUGCCC